UGAUUAUAUAAAUUAUAAUGACUUAUAAUAUCAAAUUCUGUUACAAUAGUUAUUUCUUCCCGUCCACUCAUAGUUAAAUAAAAUUUUCAGUUUGUCCAUUGAUAAGUUAAUUAAAAUGCUUAAAAAUAUGCCGCAUAUCUCAACAUGGUACAAUAUCAUGUUUUGUUAACAGCAAUAAAAAGCAUUCUAUAACCAAAAUUGAAAAUAUUUAUAAAUAAUUAUUACAGCGUUUAUGCAUGCGCAACCCGUUUUAACCCCUCGCCUCCUUAACUCACCAGAGGCGGCCAUGUUGGUUUUAUUGUAGGUGUGCGCUUCUGAGGUGGCAAAAGUACUGUGAAUAGGUACUUUCGCUAACAAUUCCAUGAUCUAUCUCUGCCAUGAUCGCUGCUAUUGCAACACGCAAGGUUGUGAGAUAGAGUGUAGGAAAAUUUGGAUUUUUCUGAGAAGUAAUACGUAUUGUCAAACUGAAGAAAUAAAGCCAUUAGUUAAUAACUAUGGCUGAUCGAAAUGUAAUUGGAGGAAUUGCAGUUGCCGGAGGUGUUGGGCUGCUAUGUAACUACCUUUACAACAAGUAUUCAGAGAAAGGAGUCCAAUUGAUUGAUAACUAUCAACAGUGUGUUAGAGCCGUUGACAUAUUACGGAAGCAUUGUAAUGACGUGCCAGUAGUCGGCUUUGAUUGUGAAUGGGUGCACGAAGGCGCAGUGUCCGUAUUGCAGUUAUGUAGUCACGAGGGAUAUUGUGCUGUUAUAAGGCUAUGUAAAAUAGAAAACCUCCCCAGGAGCCUGUGCGAUCUACUAAAGGAUCGCAAGGUGGUUAAAGUUGGUGUUGGCACUGCAAGAGAUUGCACAUUUUUGGAAGCAUGUGGUCUACCGACAAGGUCUGCAUUGGAUUUGCGUUUUGUGGCAAAACUGACCGGUGAAAAUGCGCAAAAUUUGGCCGCAAUGUAUAUGGAUGUUGUGGGUGGUACCUUAACGAAAAGUUUUUCGCUAAGCUGUUCCGAUUGGGAGGCGUACAAGUUGACGCCUCAACAAGUUCAAUAUGCUGCUGAUGAUGCUAUAGCAGGCAUAGAGAUCUAUAAGACAUUAGCCAAGAAAGUGUCAAAUGUAAAUGUUUUCGAAAAGUAUUAUGAUAUGGACUACAAACCUAAUAUUCACAACGCCUUGGAAAGUGUUGCCUCAAAUCAAUGUUGCGUUCAGUAAAUACAGGCGAAAAUAACGUAAUCACAUUAACAAGACAAUGUUUUUUAUGCCUAAUAAUAUCGCCGCCUUAAGGUUCAAUUUGAGCAAGAUUAUUAUUAUUAUGUCCAAAAAAAAUUGUUUGAUUAAAUAAAGUGUCUCCACAUAAGUAUAAUAUGCGGAUUUAUUAAAAUGUACAAUAUGUAAUAGCAUUAAUGUUUAAUA